AUGACUACUACAGUUUCAAAGCUCGUUGAGCGCAUUUUCAUGAAAUAUGCUCAUGUGGUCAUUGAUCACCCGAUUAUAGUUAUUGUUUUGACGGGAUCUGUCUCUGUUUUUCUCACUUGUUGGUCGCUUUACUUCAAUUUUGGAGUCAUAGAUUUGGACCCAACUAAGGUAGGACAAGAUCUGACGCGCCGAAGAAGGGAAAUUUCCAACACGACAACUUUGGAACCUAUAACUGUCAACUAUGAUGAUUAUGGAGUUGAUUCUGAACCAAAUGUCUCAGAUUUAGAGGAUCCAUGUGAAAUGUAUGCAUCCAUUGGAAAAGGCCUACCGUAUGAUAUGAUUGAAUAUUUAGGGAAAGUUAUGAUACGGGUUUCAAGUUAUGAUGAUGUGAGUCAGAAUCGGCAAAAGUUUUUUUUAUUCACAGUAGAUGUUAUGAGGCAUCUGUGCAAAGUUGAUGAUGUUGUUGAUACAUUGAUUGCGGAAUUCAAUUUUACAAAUCCUGCAAAAUCUUUAAAACACUCUCUGAACAUUCCAUUGUACACCACUUGUCCAAAUAUGACAACUAAAAACUCUUGUGAUGGCUUGAAUCAAGAAGACAUUUCAAAUUUUCGAGACCUUCUGAAAAAGUGCAAUCUAGACCCGAAGCUAGACUUGUGCUCAGCUUUCUCUAUCAACCAUGUCAAUCAUUGGCUCCUGCCAAGUAACAAUAAUUCGGAGCUGAUAGUUACGGUAGUCUUAAAGAUGGCUAUGUGGAAUGGUGUAGAUGAUCGAGAAGUCUAUGAUAGUCUCAUUGAGAGACUGGAACUUCAUCUAGAGAAGAAUCCCUAUACUCGGAUGGCUGGUGUUGCAAUGAAUAUGAAGAAUCGGGUGUUUCAAGAAACAAUUAGAGUGGAUAGUGUGAUUGCCGGACUUUCAGCAUUUCUAGUUUUUCUAUGCUUCCUAGUUUAUUCAAGAAGUUUAAUCUUCACCAGUAUCAUUCUUAUGGUUGUUUCUUUGUCAGCUGGAGUUGCAUUCUUUGUUUAUACGGUGAUUCUAGGAAUCGAUUUCUUCCCAUUUAUUAAUCUCCUUGUAGUUGUGAUUCUUAUUUCAAUUGGAGCAGAUGAUGCCUUUCUAUUACUCGUCUAUUACAGAAGAGAAGUAAAGAAAAUGUCCAAUUUGGAAUAUAAAAUAGGAUCAAUCUAUAUUCCACUAUAUCGAGAAUCAGAUCUCCUAUCUCGAAGUCUGCGUCUCUCACUACAUCACUCUCUCGUCUCCAUGUUUGUCACAUCUCUCACAACUGCUACAACUUUUCUAACCAAUCUUUUUAGUCCUGUAAUAGUUUUAAGAUGCUUCGGAAUAUAUGCUGCAAUUACAGUUUUAAUCAACUACAUUCUCGUGAUUCUGAUUCUUCCAGGAGCUAUUAUCUUGACACGUCCUGUUAGAAAACAAAAACCAUCCCCUGAAGUUGUAGAUACAGUUGAACCAGUUGAACUUGAAAAACCAAAACUGGAAAAUUUUAACUCCAAGAUCACUGAGUUCACAUACUACUUCCGCUUUGGAGUAGUUAUUCUGAGCUUUAUUCUAACUGGUUUGUCAGCUUUCAUCAUUUUUCAAAAUCCCGGAUUGACGAUUCCACAAAAUAAUCCGACUAAAUUACUCAUUGAUUCAAAUAUUCACGAAUUCUUUGACAAUCAUAUGCAUCGUUUCAAUUUUCAAUGGCAAAGAUCUGCAAAAUUAGUCAAGAAUUUCGUAUUUGGAGUGGAGGCUAUAAAGUUAGAAAAAGAAAGAAAGUCGGGAAAAAAGAGUUUAUAUCAUUUCAGGGAAUCAUCGACGUUGAGUCCAUACCACAAACCAGGAAAAAACUUUUCCGACGCCAACUUUCAACUUGACGUUGAUAAACUUGAUUUCUAUCGCCGACUCGUUGAUUCAGAAGCUGAAAAGUACCGACUGGAAAAUUAUACUCAUUUCUCGUGGGCUGACAAAACACUUCGAUUGAAUGAGUCGUGUCUUUCUGAAAAUAAGACGAUUCCAAACAAUUGCAUUCUUGCUUCUUCCGUACGAUUCAAAAAUCUUAUCCAUCAGUUUCCUGACGAUUUUGCGGUUAUUCCAGGAGAUGGACCUUUUAUUGACCAUGAUUUGAAUGUUGUUGGAUAUUUCAUAUCCAUCCCAUCUAAUCAAAAGCUUCGAGUUGAUACUGAAGUCAUUGGCGAAUUCUUCAAAGAAAUUGAACAAUCAUGUAAAAUCAUAAAGAAUACAACAAGUGACCCAGUGUUGUGUCUCUCAUCUACAGAGAUAUCCAGGUUCUACGACAUCGUAUCUCAAUUAAGAUCAUCGAGUUUUGUCUCUGUGACCAUUUCUCUCGGAAUUUGUCUAAUUGUGAUUGUGGUUUGUACUCGUGUUAUAAACCUCUCGAUACUCUCCUCCAUGGUCAUUUUCUUUGUGAUUCUUUGGACUGUAGCCAGUCUUAUUAUGCUAGGAUGGAAGCUAUCUGUUGUGGAAUCCACAAUUCUCAUAAUCACAAUCGGUCUCAGCUUUGAUUACACUCUACAUUACGUAGUAGCUAUAAGAGACGCUAAAUUCGUUUCUGCAUCUGAAAAAGUGUCAUCUGCUCAUUCAACAGCUGGUGUUGCCUGUGCAUUCGGAUCCCUAACCUUAUUUCUUGCCGGCCUUCCUCUACUUUUCACACAAACUGCGUCCUUUUAUCAGGUUUGCGUUGUCCAUUAUUUCAAAAACCGUGCUUUAUGCUGCCGAAUUCAGAUAGGCACAAUGCUCGUUAUCCUCGGAAUAACAUCACUUUUCGGCGCCUCAAUCGUCUUGCCCGCUUUCUUAAUGGCUUUUUCGUGUGAUGGUGGUCGACAGUCAACAAAGUUGUGA